UAUUGAGUUUAGCUGCUUUCCUCCACAAAAACAAACGGAAAAAUUAAGCACAAAUUUGAUCUCAUUUAGAUGGGUUUUUUUUCAUACUGUGUAAGAACGAUGAAAACUGGUAACUAGUGGUUCAGUGUGUAGAUUCAGUGUGGUUGGUUUUCUCCGGGGGUUCCAAGAUGGCGGGACCUACGGACAAACAGGAGGACACUCUGAGUAUAGGAGACGCAGUGUGUUUCUUUACUACCGAGUGCUAUGGGUUUAUGUACUCGGAACAAACAAGUUCCAUUUUUAACCAGUUAGCUGUCGGUGUACGCCAAGAUAAAGUCCGGCCUAAUAUUCAGAACCAGCAUAUGAUAACGUUUGAGAUAUGUGUUGCCAAUCGCUACAAACUCAACAAACAGUUUAAGAAACAGACGUCCAAGCUUGCUGAAGAUCCAGAAAAUCUGGCACUGAGGGCAAGUGUAGCACAGUCCAAGCUUGCUGCCACUGCGGAAACCGAAGACAAUGCAAUGGAACAAAGGCGACAACAGGGCAGGAAAGUCUUGUAUGGCCAGAUUGUACAGUUGCGUCAUGUAUUCAGUGGUAAAUACAUCCACGUCAGUACGACGAAGACGUCAGACACGGAAAGCAGCAACAUGGCGGUGGAACUUAUUGGAGUCAAUGCAAAGCAUGCCCAGUUCCGUAUCAUGCCCCGCUACAAGGUCAAGGCUGAAGGGGACACUGUCCAAGUGGAGGACCAGAUCAUGUUUGAGAGUGUUAAGUCUGCUGGAUCCUUCCUCCACGUCAGCAAGCACCUGUUUCCUAGUCUAUCCGUCUAUCACGAAAGUCACGAGAUGAACCUGUCGGUCCAGACGACCGGGUUUGUGGUGUACCGUAAAUACAAACCCAUGGUGGAGGAGGAGGAAAAACUCAAGAUUGGAGAACCUGUGCGCUUCUUCCACAAGGAGAUGGAGGCUUAUCUUGUAGCAGAGGGAUUGUUUAAUGAGGAAAUUCAGGAGGACGUCCACUUGCGUGUACGUCCGAUGGACCAGACGAUUCCUAAGACGAUGUUCCCCAGUACAGCUUCCAUCACCUACUGGCAGAUAGAGCUGCAGGACGGACCUGUGAAAGGUGGCAUUCUGAAGUGGGAGCAGCCUGUCAAGAUUGUACACAUGUGUAGUCGGAAGUAUCUGGCUGUGGACAAAGAAACGAACGAACUCACUGUGUGCCCUUCCCACACUGAUCCCCGCACAGUGUUCAAACUACAUGCUGUCUUCAAGACAGAACAAAGUGUCAUGAAAGACAGUUACUGUAGGAUCCAACAUGUGUCCACUGGCUUCUGGCUGCAUAGCUUUACAGAACUAUACAAGAGUCGCCAGCAGUCGGAUUCUUCUGACAACGCCUCAAUGACAGCCCACAAGUGGAGCACAGCUGUGCUCAAAAAGGUUGGUGUGAUCGAGGAGAAGCAGUACGAUGACGCUUUCACCCUACAAGUGGUUGAGCCAGAACUCCUGGAAAUAUUCAACGGCAUGUCAGGCAUGGUCCCCUUCCUACAAAAGCUCGUCAAAGACAAAAAGAAAGGAGAUGUCCUGACAGCUAAGAGGGCUCAUGAUACCAUUGCUGCACUACAAGAAAUGCGAGCUUACAUGUUUGAGCUUGGUGAAACGACCAAACAGAGGCAGAAACUGCUUCGUAAUUUACAGAUUGUGGAAGUGCUGGUUCAGCUCCUCCAGAUCCCGUUCAGAGGUUGUGAUGACCAACACCACUUGGUGAGGAUAUACGUGGAGGCGUACGACGUCCUGUACACGUACCUGAUGGGCGACAGCAGGAAGAACGAGCUCUACAUCGCUAAGCACAUCGACUUCUUCCUCACACAGUUUGAGAUUAAAGAGGGUCAGAUUGGCCUGAACGCAGCCCACAUGGUGAUGGAGCUCAUCAAGGACAACAGGAAGAUAGUGGACAGGAUUACCCACAAACACAUUGACACUUUCAUCGACCUCCUACAGAGAGACAAGAACUACCGGUACCUUGACCUGUUGAGUGUGUUGUGUGUCUGUGAAGACAUCUCCAUCUCGGACAACCAGAAGUAUAUCACAGAAGUCUGGCUGAUGAAGGGAAACCGGAACUGUGUAUUCUACACUGACCUGGGACAGAAGAUCGGCAAAGUACCCAAUGUGGUGUACGUCUCGUCUAACAUGGGGCGUACCUGGACAGAACUCUCGGAAUUUGUCCAGCGAGCUGGGGCAGACGAGUCCUAUCUGUUCCUGGAACAUCAGCUGGAACUCUAUGGCAUGCUGUGUCAUGGUCAAAAUGAAUUCUCCACCAAGGUGAUAACCCAGGAGCUAAACUACCUGACGUGGGAGGAAGCUUUCACCUGCCUCAGUGACGAGGUUCUCCCUGACCAGCUGCGCGCCAGAUACUGCAUGCUCAUCACAACUAUGUUUGUGGAUAUCAGUGAGAACCAGGCUGUCACAGACAAGGUCAAGCUCUCCUAUAUCUACGCAGAGGUGGACCAGUUUGAGGAUGUCGUAGAUCGUACUGGAUCAACCACCUACCAGUUCUUCCCAACCCUCAAUGACUGGAUCUCCAAAUUCCUUGGCAAAAACAGUGACAUGACAGCAUCGGAGAUUGGUAACAACAUGCUGGUCAAACAGGUGUUGAGACUGGUACACUACCUGGUGUCUUUUGGAUUCUACUACAAGAUUGAAGACAUCAAGAAGCUUCUGGAACCGCUGAUGAGCCUGCUGGAUGGACGGAAUGACAAACCUUAUCCAGACAUUUCAGGCAAAGAUGGGGAGGAAAUUGUGAAGCAUUUCCGGAAGGUUGGGCGCUAUGAGAGAGGUCAGGAAACCAAGGCCAUCGUAGAUGCCAAAUGCCAAGCCUUGGAAGUGCUGGACCUGUUCUUUGAUUUCAUCCUGAACCAGAGACUUGAGAAAUUCAUCAACACGUUCAAAACGACCCACACAGAGAUGAAUGCACCCUCUGGGUUUUUUGGCCACAAGGUGGAAUUGGCUCUCAUGCUGAAUUCAGAUUUUGAUAUAUCAAAACAACAGGGAUUGGUCAAGGUUGCGUUGAAGAAGCUGGCUGACAUCUUUGAUACAACAUCUUUCCUGAAAGGCUACAAUCUGGUGGACGUCCUGAAGGACUUGACCCACUACAAAUAUGAUGAAAUCAUCAGACAGUCUUUGAACCUACUGGACAGGUACUACUCGGCCUAUACCGACCUCUUCUCCAGGGCAGUCCAGGCACAGGUGUGUAUCACGGAUAGAUCUGUGGAGGUGUAUCACAUUCUAGAGAAAGUACUCCCCAAAAUGAGGCUGUAUGCCAGUGCCCGCCUCAGCGAUGAGCAGACCAUUGAGCUAGGCACCAUCCUCGACACACUUAUAAAGACGUGUCACUUGGAUGGAGAAGAAGACGAACCUCACCCUGUCAACCAGACCAUCCUCUACAACCACGGAAUCAUUGAGCUGUGCUUCACCAUACUCACUCAGAAAAUCGACACCAAGCUCAUGGACCAGUAUACUGGGCAGAGGAAGAUUUUCAGGAAGACCUUUACACUGCUGAAGUUAAUGUCACGUUUGAACAAACUGGUACAGAACAGACUGUUUGACCGACUGGACCUUCUGUUGAAAGUUCAAGGAGUAGAAGUGGAGCUGGCCGAUUGUAUAGCCGAGCUGUUUGUGGGGAACACCAAGACCUGUAUGAAGAUCACAGGACGACAGGUACAGAAUAUCAUGUCUAUGGUGGCUCGUUGUAAAGAAACUGUUCCCCAGUUCCUUGACCUUCUCAAUGCUGUCGUCAAAGUGGAGGAGUUGGACCUGCCGAUCAAACGUAACCAAGGUUUUGUCAUGCAGUACUUCAUGCAGUUCAGGGCUGACGUGGCCUACGUCAUAGACCAGGAGGAAUCCGCAAGGGAGAAGAUCCUGAUGGACAAUGGUCACAAGGACCUGCAGUACCUGGUGGCCAUGAUGGACAUGCUGGCCACGUGUGCUGAGGGGGAAAACCAGUUCAUCGAGUCCAUCUGUCAGACAAUCUUCCAGAUCCCAGAGCUGAUGAGAAUUCUGAACAACCCCAAAGUGAGUGACAACCUCAAGAGGCCUUUCCUGCGCUUCAUCUUGUGGGUGUACCUCAACUCCGCUGGUGGCAUGAUCGAGAGUGGAGCAGGAGACCUACCCCACGACAAAACCAUGUGGAACUAUAUAGAGACCCUCAACAAAACUCUCAAGUCUGUUACUGACUUCAGCCGAGAAAACCCAAAGAGUGCCAAACAACUGGUCAAGAAGCCGCCCCCAAGGGUUACCAAACAGAUAUCGAGACAGGAGAUUAUACAGGGCAGUAUGCACUACCUGUUUGAUGCUGUCAUGCCUUUCCUACAGAUCUUCUGUAAGAACUACUUUCAGCCUGACCCGGCUAUGUUCCCGACUGAACCACAGAACAUGGAUGUCCUUACACGAAACUUCAAGGACUUCAGCAGUGUGAUUGGACCUCUCAUCAGUGAUGAGGGACAAUACAAGAAACUCAAUGCCUGUAUGACUACCCUGAUGUCGGCCUCUACUCUUCCCUUCUCAGAAAUUCAAGAAUUCCAAGAACAGAUAGGUAAUGGGAAGGUUCAACAAGAUGUCCGCAGUGACAGUAAAAAGACGUAUGACGAUUACUAUGAGGGAGAGAACGAAAUCAACGAUCAACUCAAUGACUUCUCCAUGAACAUGAAAAAGGCCUACGGAGGCAGUAACACUGUACAAGCACAGAUCGGAUUCCCCUCAGAUGGACCAUAUUCUGAGGUUGGAGGAGAUGAAGAGCUCCCUCUAGGUAGGGAGUUCCAGGAACAUCUAGAGUGUUUCAUUAACAGACAAGCCAAAACACCGCGUGAGAAGUAUUCCUUAGCAAGUAAACUCGUCAAAAUGAUGGCAAUCUCGUCAAGCCUGACCAACCUGAGUGAGAAAGAGAAGUUGGAUCAGGUGAACCUGGACAUCAAGACGCUGCAGCUUCUCCGAGGACUCAUCUUCAAUGAGAUCUGUAAACUUCCUGAAGGCUGGGAACAGAACUCGUCCGAACACAGAAAACAACUGCGUGUGAUUGACCAGGUCCAGGAUGCACUGGACAACUGUGGAGCUGUCUCCAGUGUGCUCGACCACUUGUCACGCCCUCAGGACGAUGUGGUUAGGGAGGUGCUGGUCUUCAUGGCCAACCUUCUCUAUAACGGCAACGAGUCUGUACAGGCAAGUCUGAUAAACUUCUUCACAGGAACGAGAGAGGAGACUUUCUUCUUCUCAAUCAAAGGAAGGAUGUCAAUGUCGGCGAUAGCUACACGGGAAAAACGUCAUCUGUUCGCGAUGCACCAAGCUCGAAUGGAGGAUGCUAUUCAACAGGCCAAAGCCCUGAAGAUCGCCAUGAAAACUGGACAGAUUGACACCAAUGACAUUACCAAAGGCAAUAUGUUUGGAUCCUUCAUGUCCUCAAACUUGCAGAAAUCUUCACUCAAUCUGGGCUCCUCCCUGGCAAUGAACCAGAAAGUUGGUUCCUCUUUAUCCGUAAGAGGCAAUACCUCGCCAAAACCUGGGAAUUCCCUGGUGGUUGCCAAUGGUAUCCAUGGUGAACCCCCUCCCCAACCAGGUCCAAGGGGUGGCAGUUCUCUGUCAGGUGGAUCAGCUAGACCUGUUCCUAAUGGUGUUGGUGUGACUGCAAAAGUAUCUCCCAUGGUCAAACCAGUGGAGGAGGAAGAGGAGGAAGACCUGGAUGAGGAUGAAAUCAAAGAGUUGCUGGGUGAAGAUUUCGGCCAGUCUGGUGACCUGGAGUUUGAGGAUGAUGGUUAUAUUGAACUUGUGUUAAGGAUUUUGGGACUCAUGUGUGACAAUCAGUAUCGUGACCUACAGGAUUACUUGCGAGAACAACCGGACAAUAUAAAGUCUGCUAACUUAGUGGCAGAGACAACGCGAUUUCUGGACAUCUUGUACGGGAGCGUCAACGACAAAUCCAUGGCGCUCAUAUGCCAGCUAUUUGAUACACUUGUGGAAUUCUGUUCGGGUAACUUUGCCAACCAGGCGUGCGUGUUUGACAACAAGAUCUGUGACUACAUGAAUCACAUCCUAAGAAUGGGUGUUUUCAAAGGAUGCAGUCAGAUGGAGGUCUACACUCUGAAGAUGUCAAUUGCUACAGUCAUUCGAUCAAUGAGUGAAGAAAACGCUCCCCAGGAUUUCAUUCAGGCAGAAAAUCCAUUCGCUACCUUAGCAAAGGAAGUGAUGGAGUCCGUUGAUGAGAUCAUUCUAAUGAAAACAGUCACAGACGCCUACACCUACAUGCUGGAUUUGACUAAAAAAUCUGCCAAAGAGAGAAAAGACGACGACUACAAUGAGCUCUGUGAUUUAGUACAAGAUUGUGGUUUUGCCUAUUUCCAAAUCCUGCUCCGCAAACUGGCCAUCGAGAAGGGCAUGACCAAGGAAGUUUUUGUGAAAACUAAGUUGGACAAAGAAGCAUGGGACUACUUCGAUGCAGGAACCAUGUCAAUUGAGGUGAUUAAAGGAGAGGAUCUCCAGACCAUCUACUUCAGGGUCAAGGACAAGAGUGUGCUGCGUGAGGACAUCAAGGAGAAGUUCAAGUACGAGGUGGACCGGUCGACCCCCAGCAACAAGAUUCGGGGCUUUAUGGACUGGUCCAGUGACAUCAUGCAGGAUAUUAAGUACCAGCGCAAGGUCCUGGCAAACCCUGUCGGGAGAAUCCUCAUCAAACUCUGGAUACCUAUGAACUACGCCGCUUUGUUUCUGAGUAUAUUGAUCUGUGCAGUCAUCAUGAUCACAUGGCGAGAUCCCAAGGAUGAGGAGGGCAAUUCCGACACAAACAGCAAGGUACCAAUCUUCAGCAUUGACGAGGACAUGUACUACUUCUUCCUGUAUGCAGUGGGCGGAAUGCACAACUUCCUCAGCGUGUGUAUAUACCUCACGUUCCUGCUCUCCAACAAUCCUAGUUUUCCGCCCUGGCAGGGUUUCCUCAGGCUGAUCGGAAAGAGCAAUGAAAAGGAGGAAGCAUUUAAAACAUGGAAUGAGAGGAAAAACCCGUAUGACACCAAUAACCUUGAACUGAACAUAUACAGUGUAAAAGCCAUGUACUAUGUGGUGUUUGUGGCCUGUUCUAUACUGGGAACGAUUUACUAUGGAUACUUCUUCUCCUUCCACCUGCUCCACAUCGCUGAGCUGAAUCAGCUGCUGAAACGAGUCAUCCAGGCCGUCACCACCAAUGGGAUGUCACUGAUGUUGGUCGCCUUGCUUGGUCUGGCAAUCAUGUUUAUCUACUCUCUGGUCGGCUUUGCCUUCCUGCGAGAGAGAUUCUUCAAGGAGGACGAAGGUCGGCACUGUCGUACGGUGGCCCAAUGUUUCAUCACCAUCACUCAUCACGGCUUUGUGGACGUGCCCUACACUACAUUUGAGGGUGCCAUGGACAGCGAUAUCAACGAUGUGCUAAUGUUGUCUGCAAUAGAUGUGACCUUCUUCAUACUCAUCACCACCAUUGGCCUGAACAUCAUCUUUGGUGUCAUCGUCGACACCUUCUCCCAGCUUAGGGAUUCCAAGUGGGAGAUUGACAAAGACAUGCAGAACAACUGUUUUAUCUGCAGCAGAGAGAGCUAUGACUUUGAGCGACAGGGAAAGGGUUUUGCAAAGCAUGUGAAGGCAGAGCAUAACCAGUGGGCCUACCUAUUCUUCUUCAUCCACCUGGACGAGACUCGGCCCAAUGAUUACUCUGCUCUGGAACUCCAUGUCUUUAACAUGCUGGACCUGAAUCGCUUUGAGUUCUUCCCCCUGAACAGAGCUCUUUGCCUGCAGAGUGACAAGUAUGACACAGAUGAAAUGAUAGAACAACUGCAGUUAUCUAUCAGGGCACUAGAUGCAAAACUCUCCAGUGAAAUGAUGCUGGUCGAGUUCAUGGCCUCAAAGAUCCGAGAAGAUGAUGCUCAAAAGCUUCAAGAGAGAGAGAAGAAAAAACAGAAGGAGUGGGAGGCUAGUCAGAAAACUCCUCGCGAGUGAAAUUGAACAAAUAGGAACUGGAAUUAAAGAAGUAUGUGUGAUUCAAAGAAAUCCAUAAGACGGGAGUUUUUAGGAAGAAGAAAACAACUAUUCAAGGAUAUGGAACCAACUCAUAUAUAUGACCAUCUAAAACAGAAAUAUAAAAACAUGUUUUCAAAUUUCAGAAAUUUUAGAAUUUAACAAAACUUAAAUUCGGAGGCAUUUAAAAGAAACUAAGAACAUGGUGACAUUAUUGAAAAGUCUAUCCAGUACCAGUAUGAUAUCAGUACAUUGAAUAUCAGAUGCCAUGGAAAAAUAGGAGUGUGGUGUUCAACCUCCCAGUGAGUGCUUCACCUAUGUACUGGAACUAUUCCCAGUAGAAGCAUAUGUGUUGGCGGGCAUUGUCCUCCCUCGUAAAUGCUGUAAAGAUGUAUUCGCAAGACAUUUGAGGUUUUUAUCAAAAGUUUGCUGGAAUUGUUUGUAACAUGAUCGUGUCUCAUCCUACCACAAAAUGACACUCUCCGGGAUUGGUGUGUUAUUGGAUUACCAUGGAAACGGCUUCAAGAUCUGUUUGGUACAAACAAAUAAACAGUUAAGGUUAUGUUUAAAGAGUUUAAUGGUGUCUAGUUUAUAUUAUUUGGCAAAAACGUCACAUUGAAGACAAUUUUUAUGACAUGUUUUUUUUUAACACAUUGUCCAAAAAUUGGAAAAGAAAAGAAAAAGAAACUAUAAUGUCAAAAAAUAUAUAUGGCUAUGUAUGGUUUUUUGAACAGUAGAGACUUGAGCAUCAAAAUAUUAGCCUGUAUGACAAAUAGAUGUUGAGAUGAAAUCAUCAUUUUGAUUUGGAGCAUUAUUGUCAUGCUUGCUUUUCUAAUAUACAGACAGGUGGGUAGGUUUAUACAGUAAAUAAUGCUUCAGUAAUAAUUUUCAUGUUGUUUAUAUGGUGUAAGGUUGAUUGGUUUUACAAGUACAGAGUAAGAACUCUGUAAUUCAAAGAAGGUGAAGGCAGGAGCUGGACUUACAGUUAUUUCAAAUGAACAACAUCAUAAUUUUUAAUGUGCAUUCAUGUUUUCAAAGCACAGUUAUCUACUGGUCCACCUGGAGUCAUCAUGUAAAAAUGGAAAUGUUUUGAUUAAAAUAAAAUGUGUACUCCUUCUCACCCAUCAAGCUAGUUCAAAUAUGGUUAAGACUCCCUGUACGGCUGCCAAGAACUGCAAUUAUGAAUCGGAACCUUUUUUUUCACAUCAUUACUAUAUACCUUUGAUAAAUCAUUUAUGAAGAAAAAAAACAACGUUGUAGAACCUUUAUGGAGAAAAAAAAAAAAAAAUGAAAAAAUGACAAAGUGCUACAGGGCCAGGACAUCUGAUUAUUAUACUGUCGUUUCUGCAGUGAUAUUCCAAAGGAAAAUUAAUGGGAGGUUACUGCAUGGACAAAAUCUACGGCGGAACUCUCUCAGUGGGACAGGGAUCCUUAAUAGUUUUAACUCGUAGAAUGUAUCAUUGUCAUAAAUAUUAACAUGUUAUGUCCAUUGCAUCAAAACAUGUAUAAUACAUACCAAAAUUACAUACCCAUGAAAUUAAUCUUGUUUGUACUGGCAGAGAUUUUCUAAAUCCUAGAUGGAUUAGUUUUAGCAAUAAACUCUGUUUUAAGGAUAUGUGCUACCUUACGUUUCUACCUGUGGUUUAAGUUACAGUUAUCUCCCUUCAAUCUUAUUGGCAUCAUAUUAACCUGAAUUAUCUCCCUUCAAUCUCAUUGGCAUCAUCUAUAUAUUAACCUGAAUUAUCUCCCUUCAAUCUCUUUGGCAUCAUCUAUAUAUUAACCUGAAUUCUCUCCCUUCAAUCUUAUUGGCCUCACCUAUAUAUUAACCUGAAUUUUCUCCCUUCAAUCUUAUUGCCAUCAUCUAUAUAUUACCCUGAAUUAUCUCCCUUCAACCUUAUUGGCAUCAUCUAUAUAUCAACCUGAAUUAUCUCCC